AUGGAAGAAAACAACCCUUUUCAGGGCGCCAUCUCGGCAAUCGACGGAUUGCUCGCAUGCCUCAUCUACCUUGACAAGUCAGGCUCCGGGACGUCAGUCACUUUACACGGCGAUCUUUGUCAUCAAAUCGAGCGCUACUGGGAGCGCCUUCGACAAAUUGCAUCUACCCAAACAAUACCCAGCCUCGCUGCCCUCAUCAAUUCCUUUAGCUCAUCUACACAAUUCUACGAGAUAGCUAUCUUCACUUUUCGCAAUGUCUUGGUUGGCGCAAAGUCCGAUGCCUUAAAUGCCAUCUUCUCGCUCUGUAGUUUAUCCUACAUCGUGUCAUGCUGCUUGCGAAACCACAAUAAUUUUCGGGAUGUUGAAUUAUGGCGAAAUGCGAUUCGCGAUCCCGAAGAGCGUCAGAUUUUUAGCAAUUUAGCUAGCAUUGUUUGGCCGCAAGUAUCCCCAGUCUCAAUUGAUGGUACCCUCAAUCACCAGAUGCCGCUAAGCAUCGGAUCGGGGGCUUUUACCCAAUCAACCGCAGCCAGUCAAAGCUCAGCACUUGGAUUCGACUUUAUGCAAGAACAAUGGCUAUUCAACGGUUCAUCUAAUGUGCCUUGGGGGCUUGAUGCGUACGAUUCGGCAGUUACAAUUGGCGUUGAGAACUUACAGCGAACUUCAAGUACUCUCGAGAACUUACAAGGGUCAGCGAUCAUGUCUAACCUCAUCCGCUUCUUGACAGAAUGUGGGGAUGUGCUCCACGUUUUCUCGGGCCGUGGGGUAACAGCUAAGGACUUGUACUCUUGUAUCGACUUCACUCAAAGAGGGUCCGAGGCUAAAAAUGUGGUCAACGCUUGUGUGCAGCGUCUAAAAUAUGAUGAUGCUUGCCAAAAUACGUCUACGGGUGGGAUUCUGUCCGUCGUUGAGAGGUUCGUGGCGCUUGGGUACCUGCAGAACCCAGACGAGCUACGGAAGUACAUGCUGUGCGUUGGACGGUCGAAGACGAAGCUUUUGCUACGUUUUGUCAGUCAGUCUGUGAAGCAACAGCCACUGGUUCGAGACCUCCGACCCCUCCACGUGGAGGGGGCCAACGGAGGGGACUGGGACCGCGGUUGA